AUGGCUCACCAACAUUCUUCUAGUCAACCCGUCCGACGCUCCACACGUCAAAAGUCAUCAAAGAAAGAUGCUGAUUUUCUUUACCCCGAGCUGCCGGGACAGUGGCAAGAUUUUAAAUUCCCAGAUGAAGAAUUCCUUCAGCCGGCGAUCACCAAGCAGGGUGCGGCCGAGGCGGAAAAGAGCUCGCCUUCUGCUCAUCGUUCUUCUUCAGCUACCGCAGACCAUAUUCGUCCGUCCAGCACACGCGAUUUGGAAUUGGAAAUCCGCCUAACUGAGGCCCAAAACCAAAAGCUGGCUCUUGAAAUCGAAGUUUUGCGACUUCGCCGAGCUGAUGGCAGCGCAGAUGUGAAUACCGAGAAUUCCAGCACGCAACCUACCUCCGAAACGACACGCAAGAAAAGAACAGUGGACUGGCCGCACGAAUUCGCCCCAGGUAGCUUUUGCUCUGUUGAUUACGUUAAAUUAGAGCUACCCGAUUUCGUUGGAGGUUUUUUGACGAUGAUCAAGUCUUACGACGCUCCUCUUAAAUCAGCCAUGUUAGACUUGUUAGAACUCCUCAUGGCAAAGGCCUCCAGCUACUCGUGGUCCAGUGUUCGUUCAUUCCAUAGUCACAUCGCCAAACAGGUCGAGUUGCGGCGCUUGGAAUGGACCAGCCUUUCGGAGAUUCACGAAAAAGCCAAUACCUAUUUCAAGCAUUCAGAUCUCCGUUCCAGUCAACUUAGGCCCAAUAUAACGAGUACUUUGUCUUCGCCAAGUGUCCCACCCGCCCACAAUCAGCGCCCACCAACAAAGCCUGAAGCCGAUAAGCCAUGUCGUCAGUGGAACUAUUACGGCUCCUGUUCAUGCGACAAAGCCAAUUUAGAAUCCUUCCAUGCCUUCCACAAGCGCAGGGUGUGCGCCAAGGAUCACCCCAUGCUGCAUUGCCUAAAGCGAAGAAACCCAAUUCCUCCUCCUAAUUCAUCAUGA